AUGUUUCCUUGGCAAUGCCCUAGUAACCACUGAGAGUACACAUAAGAAAAUGUUAAAAAUAAAAACUGACUUCCCGGUGUCUUUUUGCAUAAAUUAUUAAUAGGCUUUUCUAAAAUACAUUUUUGCAUUUGUUAAUGCUAACGCAUAUCGCAGUGUCCGUUUCUUCUGGUGUCUGGCUCAUUUGAACUGUUUGAUACGAGUUGCUAAUGAGGUUUAAAAAAAAACAUUUAAAAUAUAAUUGCAGCAGAUGAGGCAAAUGUGGUUUUCUUUGAAUUUGACAACUAAAUUAAAAUUCAGUAAAAAAAAAAUCUGACGUUGUAUACAAAAUACUGAAUAUUCAGCAAUGGAUUCGAAGAAAGACCGAGGUCAAGAAACUGAAAAUUAUACAAAAAUUACAGAUGUGUUACUAAAGUCGAAAACUGGGGAAUUUGACUUGGAAUCAGUUUUGUUCCUGAAGCUGAGAGGUCUUGGCAUCUAUGAUCUUGGGUGUAUUGGAGACUGCGUAAACCUGGAAAGAUUGGACCUUUCAGGAAACAACAUUACAAGCUUAGCACCUCUGGCUUCCCUAAGACUCCUUCAAGUGCUCAAUGUUUCUGGAAACAGAAUCACCAAUUUAGAAGCCAUUAGCCACUGUCACCAUCUGCAGAGCCUCAAUGUGGCUGGCAACCUUAUUAGCAGCAUUGAAAACCUACAGUGUCUUUUGGGUUUAAGAAAGCUAGAGAACAUUAGACUCAAGGACUGUCUCUACAACUUCAGCAAUCCAGUGUGCAAGAACAUAUCCUAUAGAAACAUAAUACUAGAAAUGUUUCCAAAUAUCAAGGUGGUGGAUGGGGAAAGGGUGACUGGCAGAGGCAGUGAUUUAUAUCAGUUAUGCAGGGACAUCGAUGACUCAUUGAAAGGUCUUUAUAAAAACGGAUCUGUGGCAGAGAUACCAGACUGCAAGCCUUGGGUUCAAGAGGGUUAUUGGGAUCUGAAGCAUUCGAACAAUGCAAUCAUUGACGAAGCCUACAAACAAUUUAAUGAUGUUCUGCACGAAUGCAAACUGCUCAACAACCGGGCCUCCCAUGUAAUUAUUCAAACAGAAAGAGCUUUGAGCAACAAGAAUCCAGCAAAGCACUAUGUGCUAUAAAAUAUCUUUGUAACUAUAUUAUGGUACACAACCAUUACUCAUCAAAAUCCAUGGUUUACCAUCAUAUAAUUAUGUAGACCUUCCUUUUGCUGGGCACACAGCCUCAGUAUCCAUACUUGGGAUGCACACCUUUUGGCAAAGAGUAGUCUACUUCUACCAGUCCUGUUUACACAGGGCAAUGAAAUCCCAAAGAAAUUAAAUACCUGGGACCAUUUAAUUAUGUGAGUUUCAAAUUGAGUUGAAUGGCCAAUGUACAGUAUUUGCAUGUUAUGUGAUUAAUGUAAUAUGUUUUGUGUUAUUCAAAAGUAAUCUAUACUGAGAACAUAGCAAGGUAUGCUUGUUGAGAAUUAAAAAUAAAACAUAAUAUGCACUUUUGCAGACUGUCACAAUGGACUUCUGGUCUAUAAAAUCAGUGCUUCAGUAUAUGUAUUUUUUGUAUAAGAUGUUGUAUUUCCAGGAAGUCAUGCUUUU